AUGGCGGAUGACGGAUCGGCUCAAGAUGAAUCUGUGAGUGGAGGGCCUGGACAAGGUCUUCCAGCCAGCUCACAAUCCCAGCCAAAUCGUCCCCAUAGUCCGCUACCUUCUCCCUCACAUGGCCAUCCUGAUCCGUUGAUGCCUGUGGCGGAAAACUGGUGCCAUACACAGGUCAAAGUCGUUAAAUUCAACUAUAUGUGGACUAUUAACAAUUUCUCAUUCUGUCGAGAGGAAAUGGGAGAGGUCUUGAAAUCGUCAACUUUUUCUGCCGGCGCUAGCGACAAGCUGAAAUGGUGUCUGCGCAUAAAUCCAAAAGGAUUGGAUGAAGAGUCACGGGACUACCUCUCCCUGUACCUUUUACUCGUCCAGUGUGCAAAAAGCGAGGUCCGAGCCAAAUUCAAAUUUUCUAUACUUAACGCCAAACGUGAAGAAACGAAAGCUAUGGAAUCUCAACGAGCAUAUCGAUUUGUGCAAGGCAAAGACUGGGGAUUCAAGAAAUUUAUACGGCGAGAUUUCUUGCUAGAUGAAUCGAACGGGUUACUUCCUGAUGAUCGAUUGAGUAUUUUUUGUGAGGUGAGCAUUCUUUGUGUCUUUUUUGCAAUAUGGGUGAUAUAUCCAUUUCGGUAGAG